AUGGAGCGAACACUGCGAGACCUCGACAAUCCCACGAAGAACUGUGUCUACAUCGUCUCUGAAAAUGAGUCAGAUGAAGAGGAUGAACCAUUCCCUACGCCGUACUCGCCUCACAGCUGGCGCGAUCUACCAAAUGGACAUGAUCUCCGGAUGGAAGCGUACCAAAAGGCUUGGACGAGAUGUCUGACCAGGGUUCAGUCAGUCGUCCGCGCUCUCCAUGAACCAGUGGCCGCCGAAGUCGUCAAGCGUGUUUACAAUGCUUAUUCAGAUAUACUCCCCGGUCUUCCCUUUGUGGAGCUCCCAGUCAUAGCUAUAUCAGCUGAGUCAGGGAGCUUCUCCCUAUACACGGAAAUUCUACGUCGACUCGAGCAUGACGAUCCUGGAGCUCCAAGAGAAACCGCGUCUGAUGAAUUCGGACUAUCCACAUAUGUCAAUGAAACCGUGCAGGUGCACCUAUACCCUGCCGACUGUCCAAACCUCAUGACGGCCAUGAAAGCCAUUGUGACUGGUUUUGUGGACCAGCACGAUGGCCCUGAACGCAGCAUGAAGCGCAGGCCUGCAACGUCUCUCGCCACUUACGAUAUCAACCUACUGGGGGCGUGGUAUGAUGCCUUGGGAACCACACCCCACCUCGUUAUCGUCUUGCACGAUUUCGAGCAGUAUGACCCCGUUGUCAUGCAGGACGUGUUUUAUAUCUGUAGUCUACACAUCCCACGACUUCCGAUAGUCUUCAUCCUCGGUCUUUCCUCCCCGCCUUUUCCAUCGUACGUCCACGCGACAUACCCUCGUUCCACCUUGGCUCUUCUUCGGAUGCGGACAAUCUCCGCACCGUCUGGAUGGGUCAUCGUCGAAGAGUUGAUCAAUAAAAUCUUUUUUGAUGCGGGAUUCCAGCCGGAUGUAAUGAUAGGCCCAGGAACAACGCAGUUCAUUGCCGACUUCGCGUCCCGGAACACUGCCUCGCUCGAUGCUCUGCUGACCAUGUUACAGAUAGCCCACAUGAAGCACUUCGCCGAACCUCUCACGGCUCUCACGCAUUCUUCACUGCUUGGCAGUCACAACACAGCUACUGCCGCCGAAAGACUUGCCCAUCCGUCCUGUCGCCCUUUCCUGGAGGCCCUACGCGCGCGACUCGCUAUUGUGGACCCUGAAGUUGAAGAGGCAGAUUCCCAGGUUUUGCUCGAAACUGUCGAUGCUGCGCGAGAGAGCUUCUACAGGAAUGCCUGCAGAGUGCGUAUGGGCCUCCACAUGACACGAAUUGUCCGGAAGGUUGGCCUGGAGGCAGGCACAUUCAGUGCGCUAGCGGGUAAGAGGGAAGAAGACGCAGAUGGUCUGGCCUUCGCAAAUGCGGUGCUGAGAGGACGUGCGAGCCGGGACGUGCGGUUUCAGGGGCUCGUUUUGAAAAAGCUGUCCUCAAACUCUCUGCGAAUUCUUAUUGAGGAACUUUGCGCGUUCUUCCAAUCACUUCGGGACUCUGACGCCCUUGUCCUUCCCGAACAUGAGGAGGCGCUCGUCUGGCUGGAAGGUGCGCUCGCGGAACUGCCGCCAGAACAAGAGGAGAUGAAUGACGACGACGCGCGGAUGAGUAUGGUGGACGCGGAAGAGAUCACAUCAGCUCGAAGAGACCCUGCGGUCGUACAGAUUGCAGAGGCGCUAGGGGAGUGGCUCGUAAAUUACCUUGAAGGAUGUUUCGUCCGGCUAGAUGAAGGCCCGCUGUGGGAUAUCUGGUACACCGGGCUGACGCCUUUCCCGGACGAGCUUAUUAACCCUGUCCCUCGAGCGACAAUAGUCUCGGCUCUCGUGCAUCCUUACGAUUUCGCGCGAGCUCACACAGACCUUGUCAAUGCCACCCACAAUGCUCCUCCCGCACAUGACGCUCCGAACGUGAAGCCCACCUAUGACCACGAUGCCUCUGAAGAAGAGUACGGCGACGAAACGGAGCAGGUGCCCGCGCUUUGGCAGCUUCCCGACACGACGAUUCUCUUCCGACGCUAUCUUGAGGCAGGGCGGCUCAUCAAUGCAUACGAUUGGUACGAGGCGUUUGCGCAGGUCCUAGACAACCAGAAGCGGCACCUGUGCCUACAGGCGAGAGUGCAAGCAGAAAGUCGUGCGAGUGGAAAAGGGAAAGGCAGGGCGCGUGCUAUGCCUAUCGCCAAUGCAGAUGAUGAGGAUGAAGGUAACGAUGAGGAUGUGGAGGAUGAAGAAAGUGGAGACGAGGAACAGGCAGAGGCAUGGCAACUCGAGUUGCAGGCACGCUUCAUCCGCGCUUUGCAUACGCUCGACUUGCUCGGGCUUAUCAAGCAUACUGGCCGUAAGGCAGAUCAUGUCAUGCGGACGGUAUGGGAUGUUGUCGAUGUCUGA